GGUCUGAAAUUGAAUGGAACGGAAAAAGUCCCGGGAUGAGUUUUCGAAAAUUUAGGAAAACGUUGUAAGUGUGUCCUCUUGGAUAUGGUCCGACUCGUUCCAUUCGACCAGCGAAAAUUCCGAUAUUUUGAACCGGUGAUUUUUGUUGAAUGGAAAGCGCCUGGGACUCGUGUUAUUGGUGGUCAUCAGUAACAGAUGAGGACUGAUUUAAGAUGGAGGUCGUCGGCGGUGCCUGUGACAGACUGUAUGAAAGCAGCUUCCUGCUGUUGGCAGAUGAACUAAUUGACAUGGUGCUAUCCUGCCCUGUAAUUGAUCAUAAAGACUUGUGUUGCUGCGCGCAAGUUUGUACAAGGUUGAAUAUUAUUGCAUCUGGAAAUGAACUGUGGAAAAGGAAAGCCCUCUCGAGAUGGGCAUUUUGGAAAAGCAUGCCCAAAGAAAACUGGUGUACGGUUUACAGAGACAGGCUGUUGACUGAACUUAAAAUCUUCUCUGCUUUAGAGAGUAUGUCAAAGAAAUAUUACAACAACCCUGAGGUUCACAGGAGAGAGUUUGACACAUUUGUUUAUUUAGGAAAUGAAAAUCCUGCUAUGUCAUGUCAUGUGAACAAUACUCUGAGUGAACUUUUACAGGGAAAUGAUUGUGAAGUCAAUCUGACACACAGACAUUAUGCCAGGAAAGUACAAUCCCAGCUGAAAAUUUGCUCCAUUAAGGAUGAGUGGAAGAAAUUUCUGGCAUUACCAGAAGAGCACCAAUAUCUUGAGAAAGGGGCCAUGUUGGUUGUAAGGUGGAUUCUCAAUGAAGAGGAUAUUAAUGAGACUGAGACUUUCUCAGAACUAGAUAGAAUUGCACAGAUGGUACAGGAGAAUCUGUGUGGCUCCAACAGCAGUAAAAACACAGCACCUUUAAUCCCACUGGAAGAACGAAUGGCACAGAGUAGUGAAGAGCUUUCCUCAGUUACACAUCCUACAGCCUGUUUGAGAAUCUUGGCUUGUCUGAAGCAAGUUUUGUAUCAUCAGCUGCAGUAUAAAGGCAAUGUGAAUGAAUAUUAUAAAAAGGAGAACUCAAUGCUCUUUCAGGUUGUUAAAAAUAGGACUGGAAAUCCCAUCACUCUGUCAGUUUUGUUCACUGCUAUUGCAAGGAGACUUAGGAUUACUUUAGAACCAAUAAAUUUUCCAAGUCAUUUUUUGCUGCGGUGGAGAUCUAACAUGGACCCAAAAGCAGAUCAUUCUACAGCAUAUAAGUACAUUGACUGCUUCAAUGGUGGCAAUUUCUUAUCUGAAGAUCAGUGUGUGGAUAUGCUUUUGUCACCAUUGGCAAAUAUACGUAGUUUUGGUAAUGCACUGUUCGUUAGGGCUUCGCCUACACAGGUAUUUAUUCGCAUGGUGGCCAAUAUCAUAAAUAGCUACAGAAUGGAAGAACAUCCAGGUGGUCGAUUAAGUGGUCUGCAUUCUGCUCUUGACCUGGCAUUGUUUCUUGAUCCUAAUGAUGAAGACAGCAGACUGCUGUUGGCCAGAAUACAGGUUCAUUUGGGAAUUGACUUGGAAGAGGCAAUUUACAGUCUUCAGAUCCUGCAGAGCAGUGCAAACCAAGUGCGCAAGGGAAUACUGGAUAAUCUCCUUGAACGAGCCAAUCAGAAAAAGAGAAUGCAGGAUUUGGGAGAAAAUCUUCCCCCUCCAAAACUAAGAUCUGAUCCAAGAAAUUCUCAUGUUGGAUUUAAAGUUGGAAUGGUGAUGAGGCACAAGCUGUACCAUUACGGUUGUGUUAUUUAUGGAUGGGAUCCUGUUUGUGAAAUGGAUGAGUCCUGGAUUCAGCGAAUGGGGGUUGAUCAAUCACCUGGUGGCCGUAAUCAGCCUUUUUACAAUGUGCUGGGUGAUGAUGGCUCACAAAGAUAUGCAGCUCACAUUAAUCUGGAAGAAGAUCCUAAUCAGCCUUUAAACCCCCAUCCUGAACUUGGGAAAUAUUUCAAAGGGUUCACUGGAACCAGGUACAUUCCAAAUGAAUCUCUUCAAUGCCAGUACCCUGAGGAUGUUGACAAUUGAUCAAAACUUGGCCAUCCAUUUAAAAAAAACAUAUAUUUUCAAUAAAAGAUUGUUUUACUUUAAGAGAAAUCUGUAGGAAAUCAGAUCUUUGUAGUUUAAGUCUGGUAUUAAAACUCAACUUUUUCUCCAGAAUAAGUCCACAGAAGUAGCUUGAGGUAAUGUUCUGGUUUGUAAAAUUUCCUCAAAUCAAAGUAGAGGACUCAGUAGUUAUGAAGCUUGGCUAAUGCAACAUUUAAUUGAACUGUAACUGAAGGUUGCAAUAGAACUACUGUAUCAUGGGUGUGUAAUACUUUUGAUUGAUUGACCCACGGAAUAAAAGUGCUGUGGACUAGAAUGUUAUAUUAAGUAAAGCCUAUUUAUUUCAUAAGUUUUGGCAUAGAGAAACUUUAACAGCCUGCUUUACUAAAAGUAUGACAGUAAUGCCUGAAGGAAUUAUUUAGUGUUAAGAGAGAUCCUUUGGGCAUUAAGCCUUUUUACUUGUAGAAAUGAUAAAUCAAGAAGACAGCAGAGAAGAUAAGAAUAUGAACUAUGAUGUCAGAACUGACAUUUUAAGAAAUGUAUGGCAGAGAGUAAGGAGAUUGGUGGAGAAAGGGUUAUUUACUAUUUUAAUACUUGUUGCUCUUUGUCUGGUUGAAUCAAAUACAUAUUUUAAUGCUUAUCUUAAGAACAGAAUUCUAGCCAUUUGGACUGUUCAUACAUACAGAUAUAGGUUAGUUAACCACUCCCCAUGGGGCUUUUUCAGGGCCAUUCUUACAACUCUGUGUGGGGGACUUCACCAGACUGCUUGUGGCAGUUUACAAUGAAUAAAGGCAAAUCUAACAGA